UCAGUACCUUGUCGUUCGUACUUGAAAUACACAACCCAUCAACUGCUCAUUUAAUCACGAUGAUUAAGAUAUUGAGUUUAUUACUAGCAUCAGGGGUGUGUAAUGCAGUGUUAAUUGGAGAUAAUAGCGCACACGGGAACUAUCCAGAGUAUGCUCAUUAUGAAGGGUUAAGUAACGAGUAUGAAGGACAUCACAUUCUCCCUACUGUAUCUGUACCAAUUCAUUCAGUAUCAGCUGCACCCUUUCAUGCUGAGCCUCAUCACGACAUUCAUCCUCACCAUCAUCCAAUCGAGCACCACGAUCAUCAUCACGACCAUGAUUACUACUCUCAUCCAAAAUACACAUUCAAUUAUGGAGUUCACGAUCCUCACACUGGUGACGUAAAAACCCAGCAUGAAGUUCGUGAUGGUGAUGUUGUUCACGGUUCAUACAGUGUUAAUGAGCCUGAUGGUAGUGUUAGGAUAGUUGAAUACACAGCGGAUGAUCACAAUGGCUUUAAUGCUGUAGUGAAAAAGGUUGAACCUUCUUUACAUCCUGCACCCAUUCACGUUGCCAAAUACGUCACAGCUGCACCCGAUUAUUAUGGAUAUGAAUUUGAUAAACACCAUAUUUAGAUAAUUAUUGUUUUAUAAAAAAAUUAUAUUUAUAAUUUAUGCAUACUCAUGUAUAUUUUUUUAAUUGUAUUUUGUUUCUUAAUGUGUUCAUCAACUA